AGAGAAAGGAAGAGCGGUUAUGGUAAUCACGACGUCAUCCUCUACGAUUCUCAUCGGAGAAGAAGGCGUAGAGAUCCGUCCAUCAGAGGAGAGUACACCAACACAUUCUCAUCGACGGCGUUGGAGCACCCCGAUUGAAUCCGGCGUCGAAUCUCUCGACGAGAGGCUCACCUUCAGAUCUCUGACGGAUCACGAGGGAACGGAUCACCGAGGUGCUGACGAUUUUUAUCUAGGCGGCGAAAUAUCGGCGUGGGGACCGUUUGGACCGCCGUUACUGAAGGAGUCGAGACCAAUUGCGCCGCCGCAGAUGCCACUUCCGAAGAGGACGGAAGCGGUUGUAGAACUGAGGAGAGAGAGAAGCGUGACGAGGAAGCGAGAUCUGCCGCCAUAUCUGACGACGCUUGAUUGUAACGGACGGCCGAGAUUUCAUCAUAGGAGGGUGAGAAGCGAAGGGCGGUUGGAGAUUGCCAGCGUGGCAGUGAGUAUACCGGAGAUCGUUAGCGUACGUGGAAGAGAAGGACUCAGAAUCGGAACAGUGAGAAUCAGUCAAGAUGAAGGCGAACAUAAUCACUGAUAUUUUUGCUAAUUUCGCGGGGAUUGAUAGUUGUCUAAUUUUGUUUAACAUUAGGCCCAUUUUAAAUGCUUAAAUACUGGGUCGGAAAGCCCAAAACCAUUAGCUUGUUCAACAAUUAAAAAACUUGUAAGAUGACGUGUCAGACGUAGAUUUGUCUGUCACUGUUGAUAUCGUUUAGCACGGGCCGUGGGAUUAGCAGUGUC